UGGGUCUAUCAUCAGUCCGUGAGACGGUCUCAAAGCUAUUGGUCGUGUUGUCGCUUUUGUCGGAAAAACAGCAGCACGUAACGCUGAGCAGAAGAGAUCCACUAACGUAAGCGGUCGAGACGUAACGCCAUGCGAUCGGUGAUAACGGUAAAACAUUCAAAAUGAAGCGUUACCGUGCAGUGAAGUGAAGAGGAUCAACCAAGGAUAUAUCCUGAAUAUAUAACAAAAUAUAUAAUGUGUAAAUUAAAAAUAAAAAAAAACAAAUUCCUAACUGUGUGAAUUCCUCACUUUCAUCCUAGACAAAAAAUAAAAACUAUCCCCAAACUCAAAUCUUCCUAUAGACAAUAAAUCUAUCAAACUUUUCUGCAAACCUUCAUAAAUAUUUGAAUUUAUGCUUACACAAAUCAAAUCACAAAUUACUAAGGAAUUUUAUGGACUACGCCCAGUAGAUUAUGUGAUAUUAAAACACUCACACUCCCAGGUGCACAGAAAGAUGCAUAUCUAUGGCCUAUAUAUACCAGAGAUCGGUGCUAAAUCAAUGAUAACUACCCGCUUAGAUCCAAUUAAUGCAAAUUGUGACAGCGCGUAAAUGCAAAGUGAGCCGAGCCGAGCUGCACGGAAAUCAACAACAAAUGCCACUGAGACAUGUGAACAGGCUGAUGAUUAUGGGCAGACAUUAAACAGACAAUCCAUAAUGAAAUUAUAAAAUUGAAAAGAUUAUAGCCCGGGCCGAGCGAUCGUCGAGAGGAAACUGAAACGACUGGGAAGUGCGGAGAGAUUGGAUCGAAGCGGCUUGGCCGGGGAUCGAUGUCAACUCCGGGGAGAACUGCUCGCCAAUUAAACCUAAUUAAAUAGAGAAAUAUAAAAAAAAGUAAUUCUACACAACUUGUAUCAUAAAUCAGACCACACCAGCCAGCGCGAGUGAUUGUAAAAAGUGUAAAAAUACCAGUAAAAUAUAUAUAUCUCAAAGUGGCAAUUUCCCUCGUAUAUACGUACAACUAAAGCUCCUAAUUACCAUAAUUCUAAAAGUGUUAAAUACAAUAAUUUAUUAAAUACAUUUAAUCAAAAUCUUUCGUUUUCGAUUAUAUCUUAAUGCUAAAGAAAAUAUUGUCAAAUAGACAAUAUUUAUAAGAAAUUGUACAAAGCCUAUUUCCUGCAACAAAAACACAAAUACUAUUUUUGUGCUCUAAAGCAAAAACCCUAAAACUUUAAUCACAUAAAUGACUAUCUAUAUAAACUGUCAAUAUAUUUAACAAUUUCAAAUCCGUUUGGAAAAUACAUUCGCAACUCAAUUUCCCACGCGCCGUCGGAUACCUUGGCUGGAUAUAUGCAAUAUAUCUUAUUUCUUGGCCCGAUCACAGGAUGACUUACGCUCUAAAGCAACAAACACAGCCAGCUGAAGCAACAACUAUAAACACCAGAAGAGCAAAUUUGUAUAGCAGCCAAUGCCAGACGAGUUAUCAGCAUCCGUAAAGCCAAGAGAGGAAAAAAAACGCUGCAAUAGCCAAACGGUGCUCAAAUGGUGAUUUCUUCCUGCCAGCGGCCAACGGAUAUCCGUGCGGAUUUUAUACCAACAACUACAGCAGCCACAACAACAAGUUGUGCAAUUAGAGCAAAGCUGCUCAACAAACUAGAAGAGGCUGGCAAAUUGAUGCUACCAAAGCGAUCAGAAAAAUCAAGCAUGUAUAUAACUCCUGUUAAACGAAGGCAACUUUAAAUCAGAAUCAUUUGUAGUGUCGUCAGCAGCAGGCGACCAGGAAAACAAAAGCGAACCUUAAACUAAGAACCAACAAGCCGGCAGCUUGGGCAAUCAAUCGAAACGCCAAUCAAUCAAUCAAUCAAUAGGAUAAGUGCAGGAAAACGGAGGAAAAACUCGGUUAAGGCCCGUGAGCGACUUAUGAGAGUUAUGAGAGAGAAAGACCACUCACCAAGAAAGAUGCUUCCUAGCCCGAAACAGGGCUGCGUAUACCCUGCCUUAGGAUUAAUACCCACAUCGUAUAUAUCACACGUACCUUAUGAUCUGGCCUCCUCGGCGGCGGCAACAUCCUCGUCCUCAUCGUCGUCCUCACCGACGACGACAACAACAACGACAACUGGCCGACAACUGCAACAUCAGUCGCUGUCACAGUCGCAGCAGCAACAUCAGCACUCCCACCAGCAACAUCAGACGUUAAAUCACCAUGCCAAGGGCAAGAGAAGAAGCAGUUUCGAUCAGCCGUUGGAUCUGCGAUUGGCCCACAAGAGGAAGACGGAUUUGGCGGAUCAAGGACCUCUGGAGGAUGAGAACAGCAACCUGAUUAUGUUCGCCAGCGAACUGGCAGUGGCUCAGCAGAAGGAGAAGGAGCUGAACAACAAUCACAUAGCUGCCUCGCUGGCCGAUCUGGGCUUUGAUAUGAGCCGGAAAAUGCUGAGGGCCCUGAGGGAGGGCGGCGCAGGAGGAGGUGGAGGGGGUGGACCCCCCACCGGACCACCACUAACACCACCGCAAUGUUCGAUUCCUGCCGUGCAUCCCACACUCCUAGAAGCCAUGACCAAGAACUUGCCCCUGCAGUAUCGCAAUGUGUUCGCAGGAGUUCUGCCCGGCAAGGUGACCAGUCCGGUGGCCUCCAGUAGUCCCACCGGAUCGGACUUCCCCUUCAGGCAUCCGCUCAAGAAGUGCGAGCUCACCUGGCCGCCACCCACAGAACAGUUGCAACUGGAGCUGCCCCAUCCGAAUCCCAAGUUGUCGCCGGUCUUGCCGCAUCCGCAACUGCAGGACUAUCAGACGCGGAGGAAGAACAAGGCCAGGACAGCGGCCACGGGGGGCAAUGCCACGCCCAAUCUGCCGCAACGCAACAAGGAUCGUUAUACCUGCAAGUUUUGCGGCAAAGUCUUUCCGAGAUCGGCGAAUCUGACGCGGCAUCUGAGAACGCACACGGGCGAACAGCCCUACAAGUGCAAAUACUGCGAACGUUCCUUCAGCAUUUCCUCGAAUUUGCAGCGCCAUGUGCGGAAUAUCCACAACAAGGAGAGACCCUUCAAGUGUGAGAUAUGUGAGCGUUGCUUUGGCCAACAGACGAACCUGGACAGGCAUCUCAAGAAGCACGAAUCGGAUGCCGUCUCCUUGAGUGCCUUGUCGGGGGUGAGUGAGAGGAUGCACUGCAUACGCAGAUUCUGCGAGAAUCCAACAGAAGAGUCCUAUUUCGAGGAGAUACGCAGCUUCAUGGGCAAGGUCACACAGCAGCAGCAGCAACAGCAGCAGCAUCACGACCAGCAGCAGCAGCAGCAACAGCAACAUCAGUCAACAGCAACAUCGGCGGCCAGUUCGUGUUCCUCGUCGCGUGACACGCCCACUUCCUCGCAGGAGGAGGCGGACAACACGGCAGCAACAUCAACGGCUGAGACGGCAGCAACAUCGUCCAGCAGAGAUCAGGAGGAGGAGGAUUCGCAGCCCAUCCUGGAGCUGAAGAAGACCCUGACCUCCAAGCUGUUUCCCACAACAACAACAGCAGCAGCAGCAGCGACAAUCAAGCCGCCAGCAACAUCUAUCAAGGAAGAGGAACCCUAACUACACCCCAGCAAUUUCUACAACAAAUUUCCUAUAGCAGAGCAGCCAGAAGGAGGUAAAGAGGUCCCGAAAACUAUGUCUAACAUCUAGCUGAGGGCAGAUCCCUAAAACUAUGUCUAAAAUCUAGCUGUAAAUAUAUAUAUACAUACCUAAA